AUGCAAACGGAAAUUGUGAUUGGGUGGCACAAAAAUGAAGAAGAGAACUUAACAUUAACCUGGGUAGCUGUUUCAGAAGACCCAGAAAUACCUUGCUUCAUAAACUCAAAGCUAAUGGCUCUUAAAAUGAUGAAUUGGACAGAAAAUGAAGAAGAGAACUUAACAUUAACCUGGGUAGCUGUUUCAGAAGACCCAGAAAUACCUCCUAAUUUUUGGGUAAAAGUUGGAAAUGUUUUCCAUAAUUUAAUGGGUUGCCAAAGUCGUAAUCUUGAUGAAAUAUGUUUCAAGUUUCGCGACAUGAGGAGUUUUAUAAUCCAUUUUUUUUCGAUAUCCUUCAUCGUGUGUUCAAAAAUGGUGAUGGUGGAUGAUAUCUCCUUUCCUCCACAUAUCACAACUACCAAGCCUUUAUCUUUGCUUGGAUAUGGUCUUACCGACAUCGAGAUACACUUUCUGCAAAUUAAAUUCACUGCUAUCGGAGUUUACAUUGAUCCUGAGAUCGUCGCUCAUUUGCAAAAAUGGAAAGGUAAAUCUGGAUCAGAGUUGGCCGGAGAUGACGAGUUCUUCGAUUCUCUUAUUUCAGCACCUGUUGACAAGUACUUGAGAAUUGUGGUGAUCAAGGAGAUCAAGGGAUCACAAUACGGAGUACAACUGGAGAGUGCAGUGAGGGACCGAUUAGCGGCUGAUGACAAGUACGAAGAGGAAGAAGAGGAAGCCCUGAACCAAAUUGUUGAGUUUCUGCAGGUGAAGUACUUCAAAAAAGAUUCGGUGCUUACUUUUAGCUUUCCGGCGACAUCAAACACUGCUGAGAUUGGGUUCUCGAGUGAAGGAAAGGAAGAACCGAAGACGAUGAAGGUGGAGAACGGGAAUGUAGUGGAGAUGAUGAAGAAAUGGUACCUGGGUGGCACCACGGCGUACUCUCCUUCGACCAUUUUAUCUUUGGCAAACUCUUUCUCUUUGGAGUUGUCUAAAUAAAUUAAAUUUGGAUCAUCGUCUUCUUCUCUGUGUGUAUCCAAAUCUGGUUGAAUUGUGUCUUCGGGCUGUGAUCUUCUUGUCUUUUGAUAAUCCAGAAUAAUAAUAUAGUUUCAAAUCAAGGUUGAUUUGGGUUUAUUUAUUUUUGUUUGGACAAUUUAAACUGCUCAUGAACUCGAAUUAUUUGGCCCUCGAAAUAGGGUGGUUAAUACGAUUAUGUGGUUUGUCUCAUUAUCAUAAAGAAAAGAAAACGGUUUGUUACAGAAUAAA